GUGUUCAACGAAAUAAACAGCCGUGAGAUUGAGAAGAUAAACAUUCUUCGUGGUAUGUUCGAUAGCUGGAUAUUCGUAGGUGUCAUGGUUUCCACAGUAAUAUUCCAAGUAAUAAUAGUCCAGUUCCUGGGAACUUUUGCUAGCACUGUACCGUUAAGCUGGGAAAUGUGGUUACUCAGCAUUUUGAUAGGAGCAGUGAGCAUGCCUGUUGCAAUUGUUUUGAAGUGCAUCCCAGUUGAAAGAGAGAAUGCUAAGCACCAUAAUGGGUAUGAUCUACUCCCCAGUGGUCCAGAACUUGCUUGA